AUUUAUUAUAACUCAACACAAGUUUUUAUCAAACAAAAUGUUAUCUAACUCAUACAUGUCACGAAGUGUAAUUAAUUUACACUCAGUUAAUGUAAUUACGUUAUUUGCAUAUUUAGAUAAUGAAUUUAUGGAAACAUAACUCUAGGAAUUUUAUUUUUAUGGCAUAUUGUUAACAACUUUCUUUCACAAAUGUCAUUUACCAAUGACAGCAAUUUGACUUUCUUAUUGACAACUUAAUCAAAAUUCUCACUUUUAACGCUAGAUGGCCAAAAUCAAAAUUGUUUUAAUUUUCAUUUUAAAAAUUAUUUAAUAAAAAAAUAGCUUUUCCCAUAUCAUUUCAUUUGGGAAAAUGGGUUGGUCCGUGCUAAUUAACAAUCCUUCAAACAUUCUUUGAACACGUGAAUUAAACGGCGUCUAAUUACGUUUUUAUUUUUUCAGGUUUUCCCCCAGGAACUCAUCACCGCCCAAAACUCCUUGUAUAAAAAGGGAAAAUUUUAUCUAAUUCGAUUCCAUUUUACCAUUAAACGCAGUUCGUAACAUAACUGUUUCAAAAAUGACUGUAGAAAAAAACGAUCAAAUUUUCGAAGAAAAUUUGAAACCGAAAAAGAAAUAUCCCGGUUUUGUCAAAAAUUUGCGAGAUUAUUUUAGUGAAUACACAAGUUCGACGAGUUUACAUGGUUUUCAAUAUUUGGGCGAUCAAAAUAGAACGAUUCCCGAAAAGAUAUUUUGGACGGUUGUUAUAUCGGCUUGUUUGAGUAUUUGUACGAUGAUGAUCUUAAAAACGCACGAUAAAUGGACGAAUUCCCCGGUUAUCGUUAGUUUUGCGCAAAGCCCAACUCCGGUUGGGGCCAUCGCAUUUCCUGCGGUCACGAUUUGUUCAGAAACUAAAAGUCGACAAACCGUUUUUAAUUUUACCAGUUAUUAUCACAGAAACAGAAAGCAUGAUAACUUAACCGAAGAAGAAAAUAAGAUGUACGAAGACGCUUCGUUAUUAUGUGACACCCACGUUUAUUUAGAUGGAUCUAAAACCACCGAUUUCGGAGUGAUCGAUUUCUUCGAAGAGAUAGCACCUCCUUACAAAGAAAUUUUCAUGUCGUGCACUUGGCAGGAUCGAAACGAAACGUGCGACACCUUAUUUUAUAAAAUGCUCUCGGAGGAAGGGAUUUGUUACACGUUCAAUAUGUUAAACAGAGACGCGAUUUACACCAACGAAGUGUUCCAUAACAAAGAUUUUCUUGAUCACAAUCGCGAACCAACCGAUUGGACCUUAGAAAGCGGUUAUACGUCUCUCGAAGACGACGAAGAAACAUAUCCUUUUAGAGUCGUCACGGCCGGUGCGAAAGCUGGGAUAACGAUUCUUUUAAAAGCUAACGAAAACGAUUUAGAUUACGUUUGUAGAGGCCCUGUUCAAGGAUUUAAAGUAGCUUUGCAUCCCCCGGAUGAAGUACCGAGAGUGGGGAUGCAAUUUUUUCGGCUUCCGUUAGACCAAGAAGUCGUCGUUGCAAUAAAACCGGAUAUGAUGACCACAUCGUCGAGUCUCUUGGGUUAUGACCCCAAAAAAAGGGGUUGCUAUUUCUCGCACGAGCGAAAAUUGCGAUACUACAACACAUACAGCCAACAAAAUUGUUACAUUGAGUGCUUAACGAACGUCACGUUAAAUAUGUGUGGAUGUGUCGCUUAUCAUAUGCCUCAUAGUGAGCACACCCAAAUUUGUGGCUCGGGCAGUACAGCUUGCAUGAAAAAUGCUCGGACAAGCAUAGUUUCGAGUGUUAAUUCCACCGAAUCGGGGUGUAAUUGCUUACAAGCUUGCACAGCCGUCACUUAUAACGCGGAAACCUCGCAAGCUGAUUUUAAUUGGGUAAAAGUGUUGGAGGCUUACGAAAACGAAGAAGAUUUUACCGGAACAAGAAUGGCCAGGAUGACGUUAUUUUAUAAAGAAAUGCAGGUUAUAACAUCAGAAAGGAACGAAUUAUAUGGUAUAACCGAUUUUAUGGCAAACUGCGGCGGUCUUUUGGGCCUUUUUAUCGGAUUUUCAUUCGUUUCGUUGAUAGAAACCUUAUAUUUUAUGACUCUACGCCUUUUAAUGAAUAUUUUAAAAUUUGGACGGCACUUUUGGUCUGCUUCCGACGAUUUAUUACAAAAUGACGCCUAUUUACAUCCUUAUAAAGAUAAAAAGAACGAAAAGGAUGAUCUUGAAAAAUAAUUUUAGGUUAUGUUAUUAUUAAUUUUAGUGAUAAUUAAUAGCGAAUAAAUCUUUUGUUUAAUUAAUCGUAAUAAUCACAUUCAUUAUUUAGUAGUUUAUAUAAUAAAUAGCGUAAAAUUGAGGUUAGCGUAGACACUCCAAGUCCGGUGGUGUGAUCGAUACAAUUAUCGGGUAAUAAAUUACUUUCUCGUUUUAA